AUGGCAAAUAUAAUCUGGUUUUCAGAUCAUGACCAUCUCGACCUAUCCACCGACAUAAGCAAAAUGAAACCUCAGAUCGAACGACUCGAAGGAAAAGAUGGCCUUCAAAAGCUGUUUGGAUUCUUGAAAGAAUCCGGCCAGCACUAUGAUCUUUCCAUGAAACAUGUUUUAUCUAAGGAUUUUCCUAGCAUCUUGUCCAUGCUUCGUCCGGAAAUGCUCAUAUCGUUACUAUCCCUACAUCCCUUCGAGAGCAUGUAUGGCCGGAUUAAGCGGUAUUUUGAAUCAGAUCAGCUUCGAAGAGCGUUUACAUUUGCUAGCAUGUAUCUUGGCAUGAAUCCUUUCGAGGCUCCAGGGACAUACUCCCUGCUACAGUAUACAGAGUUAGCUCACGGUAUACUCUAUCCUGAAGGUGGAUUCGUGAAGGUACUAGAAGCUUUAGCGAAGACCGGUAAACGCUUAGGCGUCGACUUUCGUCUUGGCAGUGAAGUCUCGUCGAUAAUAUUAUCUCCUGAUGAACAAGCCCAGGGCGUGAAACUCCUCUCCGGAGAAGAGAUUCGAGCCGAUGUCGUUGUCAUAAAUGCAGAUCUAGUCUAUGCCUAUAACACUUUACUCCCUUCUACUCCAUAUGCCCAGUCUUUGACCAAGAAACCUGCUUCUUGCAGCAGUAUCUCUUUCUUCUGGUCUUUGGACAGAACCAUCGAGGAGCUGAAAGUUCACAACGUUUUCCUUGCCGAGCAUUACAAAGAGAGUUUCGACGCCAUUUUCCAUCGUCAUCAAUUACCUGAUGAGCCCUCUUUCUAUGUCAAUGUUCCCAGUCGAAUUGAUCCUUCAGCGGCACCCGAGGGAAAGGAUGCCGUUGUCGUACUAGUGCCUGUGGGACAUAUCGAUGAUGACCCUUCAAACCCUCAGAAUUGGGAUGAGCUUGUCAAGUUAGCUCGGGAUGUUGUCAUUCAGACGAUUGAAGCUCGGACUGGAGCUAAGGGUCUUCGCGAUAGUAUUAUUGAGGAAUCUAUCGAGACGCCCGUCACUUGGAAUUCGAAGUUCAAUCUUGAUCGGGGAGCAAUAUUGGGUCUUUCACAUUCUUUCUUUAACGUACUGAGUUUCAGACCCAAGAUCAAACAUUCUACUAUCCAGGGUUUGUUCUUUGUUGGGGCAAGCACACAUCCUGGCGCAGGUGUUCCGGUUAGCUUAGCGAGUGCUAAGAUUGUGAGUGAGGCUAUUGUGUCGAGUAUGUCGGGGAAACUGAACCGUGACCACAACCAUAUAAACAUUUGGGUCGCUUUAUUACUGUCUCUUCUGGCUUGUCUGUAUCUGUCUUUUCUUUGGAGUUAG